AUUUGGCGGGCACUUGGGCUUCCUCCGCCAGAACUUUCGUGCCGCCGAAGAUUGACACCCUGCCGCCAGCAGUCCGCCGCGCAAGUUCACCAGGGCCAAAUGUAGCCUCCUUUACCGAGUUCUGCCAGACAGCGCCAUCAUCACCAAUGCGAGACAACUACAGACCCGCAAGUGCCGGAAGUGUCGCGUCCAGCAAAUCAGCAAUGCAAAUCGUGGGCGAUUCGCUGUCAGUAUACAUGUCAGCAUCGUCAAGCGCAGUCGAAAGCACAGCGCCUCCAGAGCCUAGCACGCAGCCUAAAGAGACGCCAGCACCGGAGCCAACCCAACCAAGGCGACCGUCAUUUGAAAAGAAAGCCUCAUCCGUCGUUCGUGGGCACGGAACUGGCUUCGAAAUCCUGAAACCAGGAACGUUCGGCACGCCGACAGGUCCUGCAGAAUACAUACCAGAGAAGCUGCAUAAAUCACAGCCUCAAGCGCCACCGAUCAGUCUUCAUAAUAGUGUGCGCACGGCGAAUACGUCUCGGCCCAGAUCGAGUAGUGCCGGGAGUGGACGGAGGCUUCAGAAGAAGAAGACGAAGAGAAGGCCGAGCUCAGAGUCGGAAACCAGUUCUGAUGGGAGAAGUGGGAGUCGGGGGAGCUUUGUAUGAGUAUGAGUAUGAUUGUGUAAUGUAAGGUGGUGAUACACGUAGAUUUCAUGACAUCAAGAGUAAUGAGAACGACGUUUUGAGAUGGCGGCGACCUCCUCUUCUUGCGACGAUAACGAUAUAGUUUUCUUCCGGGCAAGGAAGGUGCUCAUCAAGACCGGAGGAAAGACAUCGGAAGGAGCUUUUGACUGCAUCGAGGAUCCGAAGCAUCGAGAUCGAGAACACAGAAAGCAGUAUUGGGCAUGUCAAUCGAAUUCAAGGAAGACAAUUUGAUUU